ACGCUUGAUGGCAUCGGUUGUGGCUUCCUUGCGUGCCUUUUCAAAAGCAGAAGACUUGUCUCUGCAGUUCUUGAUGGAGCCAUAACCUGUAUCCUCGCGAUACGUGCCGCACUUGAGUGUGAUGCGGACAAUCACAGCAAGACCCAAGUCCCAGACUUCGCCACGUUGGUCUAGAAAGUCCACAUCGAAGCGCACAAUUGACGUGUUCCAGCCAUCAAAGCCAAAGACUUCAUUUGCAAGCAUGAUUGCCUUGUGUCCUUCGAUGUAAGAGACUCUGCCUGCCCCGCCAUUGGAGCGUGUUGUGAUGUACUCUGGCCCGAGUUGUUGGUCGAGACGCGCCUUGAGGGUGGCAACUUUGAGGGAGUCGAUUUCACUCAUCUUGGAGGAGUAUGGGUUCUUGAUGGCCUCGCAGUCUCUGUGCUGCUCGCCAUGGAGCAUCUCUACAAGCUCGUCUGUCAGCUCUGUCUUGUUGGUUUGUGUUUGUUGUGGUCUGUCGCAGAAUUCAGGCGGCAACUACAGUUUUAUUAGUACCAGUCUAGUACCAGUCUAUGCGGCCCUGAUCAAGCUCAUGUCUGACCCAUUCAUCGAGGUCAGAGACGAAGUGGAGGUCAACUUGGAACAGGCAGCCCUCCUCCUAGACAGCCAUAAACGCAUCGCAGCCACCAGCGCACCAGACUCGGCAGAAGUUGUCCAGACACUCGAAGACUUUGAUGCAACGAUCCAGGAUAUCCAGCAAGAUAUUGCAGACUUGGAGGAGAGCAUCGCUGCUGCUGCGGGCCAGCCAGAGAAAUACAACCUUACUGCGCAAGAGGUGGAGCGGCGGCAGGGCUUUAUUCGGAAUACAAAGUUGGAUGUCAAACGGCUACAAGAGUCAAUCAAGAAGGGUCAUGCGCCUGUAGAUCAAGACGUGGAAAUGUCUGACGAGGAAGAAGAUCAAGCGUAUGCACAGCAAGUCAUGGCAGAACAAGACGAGCAGCUUGAUUCUGUCUUUGAUACAGUUGGCACUCUACGCAUGCAAGCGAAUGAAAUGGGCCAGGAACUCUCAACGCAAGCAGAGAUACUGCAUGAGUUUGAGGAGGCUGUGGAUAAGAGCGCAGGCAAGCUGAAGCGCGGGCUGAAGGGCAUCGAGUCGUUUCUCAAGAAGAAUGAGGAGACGAAGAGCAAUUGCUGCAUUGUGCUGCUGAUUGUGAUAUUGCUUGUGCUGCUCGUGAUGGUCUUGAUGCUCUAGCUGCCCUGUCUCUACCUGUACAUACCAUAGCUCUAUGUAUACUCAGCUACACUGCCCAUUUG